GCUCGUGCUUAAUUAACCUCCGAUCCGACUUGCGGGGAGGGCAGCCAUCCAGCCGUUAGCUCCAGUGCAGCGGGAGGUACCCUGAGCGACUUGUCUUAGCAGGCGUAUGGCGAGGAAGGGCCAGAGCCAUAGGCUGGAGGGGAACAUUUGUAACGUACUUCUCGGCGGACGCAUCUUCCAGAUAGUUCCACUUGAUUACCCGUCCGUCCCUCCCACUUGUAUACGACCCGACCCGACCGGACCUUUCCCUGCCACCGGCCCUGGCCCUGGCCCUCCGUCAAACCGAACCGCGCGCACGCCGACACAGGGCUCGUCCGCCUGCCCACCCUGCCCACACUGCCUGUCCUGUUCUGCCCUGCCCAUGCCUGCGCCUCGCUGCUGCCCCUUCCCAGUUCGGGCGCGUUCAGUCACUUCAGUGGGAGGGCCUGUUAUAAUUUUGGCCAGGGCAGUAAUUUCGGUAUUGGUAUCUUUGGGUGUUUGAACGGAGAAGGAAUCUGGUGGUGCUGUGCUGUGCUGUUGCUGGCGCUGCUGCGGGCUGCUGCUGAGGUCGGGUCGGGUCCUGUUGUUCUCUACGCCCCGUGCGCGCACACCGCGCCUCUUUAUGUAGGACGACCGAGAGAGUGUGGAAGGUAUUUGAGGAAGUGGCGAGUCCCAGAUUUGAUUCCUCGGCCCUCGACGCACGCUCCUGCUGCUGCUGCUGCCGCUGCUGCACUUGCUCCUUUGCCUGCCUGCCUGCCUGCCUGCCUGCCUGCCUACCUCCCUUUUCUCCUUUGCCUGUCUGUAACCAGCAGCUGCUCGUCCCAGCUGCCCGUGUGGUUAAUUGGGGCCGGUUUGAGGGUAAAGGUCUCGGUGCUGUUUUUCUUCCUCGUCCUCGGCAACACUUUCCACUUCGUCGUCGCCGUCUCCGUCCUCCUCCUCCUCCUCAUCAGAAGACAACCAGUGCUCGCAGAUCCUCGUAUUUUUCCUGAUUUGGCUGUCUUCUGCAGCACACAAAGUAGCCUCCAUCUCGUCCUCAUCGUCAUCCUCGGGUUGUCGUCUCUCUCACAACUCCACUACCAUAAGAGCACGAAUUGUGCUUCGGUGCAGCCAACCACGCCCUUGUCUGGUGGAGCGAAACCAUUUUUUUUCUUUUUCUUUUUCUCUCUCUCACUCUCUCUCCGCCUCGAGACCCUGAACUUGAUUGUAUCUUCUUCUUCUUGUGUUUCGUUUAGGUUAGCAGAUCAACCGGACGCUGCAACGGGUUUGAUUCCGGCCUUGACCUUUGCGUGAACUCUUUCUAGCUUGCCUACGUAUCACUGGGUCCACAAGCUCCUCCAAGAAUCCUCUCCUUCUCGGUGCCAAAUUCUCUCAGUGAAAUUCCUUCUUCUUUCGAUACAUUCUGCGGAAACCACCUACUUCUUCUGUCGGUUACAAUCUGCAAUUGCUCCGGUAUUUGAUGUACUCGUCUUGCCAAGUCCAUAUGCUCGUGACUCAGCUUACAAGUCUCUGGGCUAUCCGGUGGAGCAGCCUCAAUCAAAAUAGCUGAAAAUUGGGCUGCAGAGACCCAUUUUUUUCUGUCCGUGUACCCACCAACGCCCACCAUGAAAGAUCUCAUCUACGGAAACCACACUUAGUUCGCUCUUCGUUUACCUCACUCCAUCACAACCGAGUCAAAAUGUCUCUUUCCCAGUGUUUCCAUUGACUAAAGGGAUACCUUUCUGCCUUCUGUUCAAGUACCAGCACUCGCCCCAACCACAGCAGAUUCUGUUGCGGAGAGGUAGAUUCCUCGUGGUAAGACUUGUCUGAACAGACACAACACUCCCACUCGAGUUCUAGUUUAGUCUUUCUACAGACGCAGCUGCCUGAACAGGAGAAGCGGACAGUUUGCCGCCUUUGGGUUGCUGAGGUUUACCCGAGGUCGAGCUGGGUAUACACGUCCUCGAAGUCAGCGUGCGAGAGACAUUCCUUGCUGUCCCGUUUUUAUCACCGAAACGUCAUCCAAGGAGGUCGCGCAAUUGCCUGAUUGUUAAUCGGAACAUUUCUCGUGUCCAGACUAGACCAACUGUAAAACACGUGGACGAAGAGUCUUAAGGUGAAGGCUGCCAAAGCUACCGACACCGACAGAAGCAUUUGUUAUGAGUACACAGGGCCACCCGGUUUUACCGAGGACUACGAAGUAAUGGGUAGGCACAUACAGUCAGGGACAAGAAUGGAUGUCGCGCAAGAUGUACGGGAUGUGAGCUUGGCCAACGAGAACGUGGUCGUAUCCGAACAGGAACAGAAUUUUGAAGGGAGAAGCACGAACACGCAGCUGCAACUGCAAAUUGCUGUUUCUGAGACAGUUCGAUCUUCUAAUUUGGUGGAGUCCUUGGAGCGAAAGGAUGAAACGGCCAAGACUGAUAUAGAACCAGGCUGUGAAGAGAAGCAAAUCUUGAUUGCAGAGAUGACUAAGCCAACUAAAAGCGAGGAAAGCGUUACAGCAAGAGAUUUGUCUACCAAUACCUCUGACGAGUUUCGCACAGGAGCUGAACCGCCAGCUCGGAGGAGAUUAUCUAUUGGGACGGGUUCUACAAGCUCGCGUGUUACUGACGCAGAAGGGCACUUGAACCGUGGAGAACUUGUUGUUGAAACGAAAACUCGCGACGAACAAACGGGGGCAUCUGCUAACAACAAGCGCCCAGCAGUUAGCAGCCCCACCAUCACAGGUUCCCCAGUGUGGUGGGAUGCGAAUCGAUUAGCCGACCCACGUGAGACUAAGCGCUCGGGGGAGCUGAUGCACAGACCUCGUCGAGGUGGCAUCCAGCAUGCGAGUACAUGGCCCAGUUUUUCACGCUGGGAGUCAAUCAACUGCGAGACCCGGGCCCAACAGCCUUACAGCGUGCAGUGCUCCUUGAUUGAUGUACGACUUGACGGAAUCUCUGACGACUCAACAAGUUCGAUGCAAAUCGAUCCUGUCCCAAUGUCACGUUCUCGAGAAGCAAGUCCGGAGCCCACCGUUAUAUCGUUUGAAGAAAGUCAGGAGCUGGUUAAUCGGCAAUCUCUUGGAAUGCGGACGAAACAUCAUCGUACUCGUCCCGCUUCCGCACCCAGGCCAGUCAAUGACUCGGUAGCUACUUGCUCUCAGCCAGACUUUCUAAGCUGGAAACUUCAGAUAGAGAAGAGAAACCAGGAGAGGCAUGGACGUACACCCCCGGAUAGGGACUUCGCCGAAAGGUACAAUUUCGAUAUCCACAGCGACUCACCAUUGAAAGGACGCUGGGAGUGGGAAAAGAUGCAACAGCCUUGAAUAGUUUAUAGAGCUGCGGAUGCGGAAAUCUCCUCUACAAUACAGGAGGAGGAAGACGGAGUACAAGAACUCGAAAAAGAUCCUUUCAACAUAGAGGGCUGAUGACAGAAUAGCUAUGGCGACCUCCCUCUCAAGACGGGGAGGAUUUAGGUAGGAAACAUAGCGGAAUAACAGAUGACAAAAAAGAUUCUCGGGUUUAGGCUCCCUGAGCUUCUGCUUUCUUACGUACAAUAGAAACUGGUAUAGGAAGUGUGGGAGAACAAUUAUCAUACCCUUACCCUUAUAGAAUACAUAACAUACAUCCAUCCAUUGAUAGACAUAGACAGAGGGUGCCGUGGCUCUUUUGUAUAUACCUUUGUUCAUAAGACAUCUUGAUGUAAAAGGCUAUAGACACCCAAACAUCAGCAAAGAAUUCCGAGAUGCCAUUCUGGCUACUGUUAAUCAUUCUGCG